AUGGCUGCUCCUAAGCCUAAAUACAUUGAACCUAUUUUAAUGGCUACUUCAACAGAUCAUUCAAUUGUUUCAAAAGAUAAUUUUCAUACAAUAAUGAGAACAUUACAACAAAGACUACGUGAUAGUUCUUGGUCUGUUGUUUAUAAAUCCUUAAUUGUAAUUCAUUUAAUGAUUAGAGAAGGUGAUAAAGAUGUGACAUUAAAUUAUUUAGCAGAUAAUGGAACAUCAAUGUUUAAUUUACAACUGAGUAAUUUAGUUGCAAAUAGUGGGAGUUUUAAUCAAGAUGCAAGACAUAUAAUUAAAUACGCCAAAUAUUUAAGUACAAGAGUAAAACAAUUUGAUGCAACUGGAAUAGAUUAUGUUAGAGAUGAAAGAUCAAAUAAUAGUACUACUCAACAAGGUGGAAGAUUAAGAUCACUUAGUAUUGAAAAGGGUUUAUUGAGAGAAACAGAUAGUGUUCAAAAACAAAUCGAUUCCCUUUUAAAAAAUAAUUUUAUGGAAAAUGAAAUAAAUAAUGAUAUUGUAUUAACAGCAUUUCGAUUAUUAGUAAAUGAUUUAUUAGCAUUAUUUCAAGAAUUAAAUGAAGGAGUUAUCAAUAUUUUAGAACAUUAUUUUGAAAUGUCAAAACCAGAUUCAGAAAGAUCAUUAAAAAUUUAUAAAAAAUUUGUUGAUCAAACUAAAUUUGUAAUAGAUUAUUUAAGAGUAGCUAAACAUCUUGAAUAUGCAACUAAACUUCAUGUUCCAACUAUAAAACAUGCACCUACGGCAUUAACCAGUUCACUUGAAGAAUAUUUGAAUGAUCCGAAUUUUGAAAUUAAUAGGAGACAAUAUUUAGCAGAAAAGAAUAAUAGUAAUAAAUCAGAAGCAAAACCUAUAAAUGAUACUAACAAGGAACCCCAAAACAACAACAACAACAACAACAACUCAUCUCAGAAUAAUUCUUCCAAUGAUGGAGUAGAUAGACAUGCAUCAUUGGUUGUUCAACAAACUUAUAAUCCUUGGAAUAAUAUGUUUGUUCCAGGUCAAGCCCAAAGUUACGUACAAAAUCAAGAUCCGUUUCAAUUACAACAACAACAACUACAACAGCAACAGCAACAGCAACAACAGCAGGAGCAACAACAACAGCUUCAACAACAGCAACAGUUUCAACAACAACAACAACUCCAACAACAACAACAAAUACAACAACAACAAGAUGCACAGAUACAACAACAAUUGCAAGCUCAACAACAAGUACAACAACAGAAUCAAUUACAAGCUCAACAACAAGUACAGCAACAAAAUCAGUUCCCAAGCUUUAAUUCGACUACUAAUUUACAACCUAUACCACAAAAUCAACCAUUCCAACAUCAAUCAUCACUUCAAUCUUCCUACACUGGAGCUGGAUUUGGUGGUUAUGGUCCUCAACCAUUGCAACAUCAAAACACUAAUCCAUUUUUACAAAAUAGACAGCUGCAACCGCAACAGCAACAGCAACAAAUUUUUCUUCAACAAUCAAACCAACAACCAAUUCAACGUCAAAAUACAAAUCCCUUUGCAUUACAAUCUCUACAAGAACAACAGCAAGCACAUCAUCAACCAUUACCACAACCAACUUCAAAUUGGCAACAACCACAACAACCACAACAAACUUCAUCUUGGCAACCAUCAAUAUUUCAACAACUGAGUACCGGAAUACAAAGAUCUAAUACCAAUCCAUUUUCAAGAAUGGCAACAGGGCAGCAACAACAACAAACUCAGUCAUAUCCUGGGGUUGUACCUCAGCCGUUGAAACCACAGUCAACUAACCCAUUCGCACGUAAAGUAUUCAAUCCAAAUACAGAUAGUUUGAUUUAA